AUUGUGAUAGGAAAUCAAAACUCGAAUAAUUUGUGUUUUCAAGCAAUAAUAGAGUGAUUAACGAGUAAUUAUUUCAAAUAAUAAGAUUCCAACUAGACCGCUGUUUUCGUACAACGAUUCCCGAAGAAAUCCCCAUUCUGUGGAUGAAUUUUCUACCUCAGACCUCAGGAAUUCCUUUCUGACCAUCGAAACUGGAUAUGUUGACUGUGAAUUUCUAAAUUUACUUUCUCGAACGACUGAGCUACAGGGCAUGCCCUUGAUUGACUUUUCUUCUACGAUUCAUUAACCCUCGUUAACUUUGCAAUCAUGGAAGAAUCCACUGACGAGUCAUUUCUUCGAUGGAGAGUGAGCCUCGAAGAAGGAGAAGAAAAUACGAGCAUGGAUUCGGAAGAAUCCGCUUCUGAACCGCUUCUAAAAACCAUGGUCCGAACAAGCUACCUGUAUCAUCUCCGGCAGAGUUUGAGGAAAAAUUUAGAAGCUUCGAAGCAGAAAGAAAACUACGCAGUAGAAGAUGCUAUUGUGAAUAAAGUCGUCAAAGGAUGCAGUGCUCUUUUAGAAGAAAAAGCUCUCAGGCAGUGUAUGAUCGCCAGACUUUACCAGAGAGUAAUGAUACAAAUGAUCAAAGAAGUCAAAAAAGCAACCUCGGAAUGUAAUCUAUACACUCCGUUGCAAGAAUUCGCCGAACGUCAAACUAAACCACCGGUUAUGAACGCUGCUCUUCAUAAAGAAACCCAGACAGAACUUAGUAAUAUCUUUUUUACUAGUCAAAUCGCCGAUCUGUUCUCCCAAACGGAGGCCCUGCUGCAGAAAAUGAACCCUUUGAGCCAAAACCUGGAAAUACCCCUCGAGCAAAAUGUAAACGGUCUUUCACCAUCACGUGGCAAACGUACCAAACCCAUAAAUGGUAUUUCAAGGCCGGAAUCGCAAUGUUUUAAUGAUUACAGCGACCCUAUCCACGCUAAUUUCAACGGUAAAGAAGAAAAACCAGCUGUAAAUAAAAGAAAAAUGUGCGACAAUCGGAUCAACUUUUCUGACGAUGAAAUCGCACAUAAAAGUACUCACAUCAAACCCGAUUCACCGAUACCAUUUCAGCCCGCUGAAGAUACCCGAACCACCAAAACGAAUUCUAAAAGCAAUACGUUCGAGGUUAGAUUGAGAAGUCCAACGUUCGCCGAAUCUGUAGCAUUGUGGUACAAUUUAGAAUGCGAAAUCGAAGAACUACCACCGACUAAAAAACAGAAAUUAGAAGAAAAAUUCGUACAGUUGUUCGGCAUCGAUCACGCAGUCGAUUAUUAUUGUUUAACCAACGAGCAGAAAUCUAUCGCUUGUCGGAAAAGAAUCGCUAAAUUUGUCGUCAUCGAAUUGACUAAUUUCUACGUGCAGAAGAGAAUCGCUACGAAACAACUUUUCAAAACUUUAGCCAAACACAUCACAUCGGUAUUGUUGGGCAGAUCUUUAUAUCCAAGUCCCGAAGAAAUCAACAGAAGCGUCGGAGAAUUCUUUUUAAAUGAUCGAAUUAUCAAUUCAGAAGAUGAUUUUUACUUCUGAGUUCGAAGUCGACAGAUAGAUGAAUAUCAAUGAAUUAAUUUGCUUACUUUUACAAUAAUUUUAUUUGGAAAAAUUUUUAUAUUUGUACUUUCUUGGCUUCGUUCGCUCGUGAUAUGUAUUUAUUUUAUUCAUUUAUUUAUUUUUAUUAUUUAUUUAAAAACCUAUAUCAUUUUUGUUAUUUAAUUUAUAUUCUCGAGUAUUCGUCUAUUUGGUAAUGUCGUAUAUUGUUUUUUGGUUUUUGUUUCUUAGAGCUGAUGUAUUACAUAUUUAUUUUUAAAUUACUAA